CUCGCCCGGCCCCGGGCGCACGUGCCGCCCCGCCCCUCGGCCGGUUUCACAACCCCGGCUCCUCCGAUGUUUUCCUACCCGGGACUGGGCGCAUGGCGCGGCCGCCGGGGCCGCUUCUCCUCCUUCUCCUUCCUCUCCGCUUCCUCGUCCACCUCGCCGCCGCCGGGCGGCCCUGCGGCCCCGCCGGACUGCCGCGGGACACGGUGUUGGGCCACCUGGGAGCCAACAUCAUGUUGACCUGCCAGGAUGAGGUGCCUGCAAACGCCACGGUGUUGUGGCAGGUGGAGGAGCAGGGAGCAGCAGGGAGCUGGGGACGGCAGCUGGCAGAGGGAAACACACUGCUGCUGAGGCAGCUGCGCUACAAGGACUCUGGGCACUACAGCUGCUCCGUGGGGAGCCACCUGCUGCGCUCCCUGCGGCUGCUGGUGGCAGAGCCCCCUGAAACUCCUCAGGUCUCCUGCUACCGGCGGAGCCACGACAAGGAUGUCCUGUGUGAGUGGCCACAGCAGAGGAAGCCAUCCCCAGGGACACAGGCAAUGCUCUGGCUGAAGCGGAGGUUUAUGGCUGAGAACGCCACAGAGCAGCAGUGCCACUACUUGUCCAAGGCACGGAAGUUCAUUUGCCGGUUGAAGGUGCCACCUGACACUGAUGAUACCAAACACCUCGUGGUGUCCACGUGCGUCAGCAACAGCGCCGGUGGCUCGGCUGGCAAAGACAAGAUCAUCACCCUCAGAAGUGUCUUGAGGCCAGACCCCCCAGUGAACGUGACGGUGCAGGCUCUGGAGAAGGCGCCGCAGCGGCUGCAGGUGAACUGGUCCUACCCCCCCUCCUGGGACCCCCGCUUCUACUGGCUCCACUUCCAGGUCCGCUACCGCCCCGAGCCUGCCCCGACCUUCGUGGAGGUGAGACCCCGCCUGCUGGCAUGCCCCUUGUCCGUGGCCAGACUGUCCCCAGCCACAUGUCCCCUCCAGGUGGAUCAGGUGACAACAACUUGGCUCGACAUCCGCGACGCGUGGCGCGGGAUGAGGCACGUGGUGCAGGUGAGGGCGAAGGAUGAGUUCGGCCACGGCACGUGGAGCGAGUGGAGCCAGGAGGCUGUGGGCACACCCUGGACAGACCCUUGGGAGCUCACCUCUGAAAUGGAGCCUUUCAGCUCACAGGUCCCCACAGAAGAUGGCACCUAUGGGGUGACAAUGUCCCCCAGGCUCUUUGAGGAGGAUGAUGCUAAUAGUGCUGGUGGGUCUGUGAUGGAAGCCAGCACCCAUCCUGUGGCAUCCCCCUAUGCCUUCCUGGUCACUGGGGGGAGUCUGCUCCUUGGCAUCGCCCUGUUUGUUGGCAUCGUGGUGAGGUACAGGCAGAUGUGGUGGACAAGUGGGCAGGAGACGACCAAGCCAGAGGGCGAGGGGCAGCACAUGUUGGUCCCUCUAAGCUUACCCCCACCCGCACUCAGUGAUACCCCUCUGCUCUCACACCCUGCCCCCUCAGCCCCUGGAGUGCUCCACAUAACUCAGGCAGAUUAUUCCUCCUCAGGGCAGUAGCCAGGGGCUGAAUAUGCUGGUAGGUGCUUGGGGGUUGGAUGGAGGGUCCCAGGGCUUUGAUGUGGCUCUGGGAGCAGUUGCCCCCCACUAUCUGGUGACUCUGUGGCUGGGACAAGCCUCUGGGGAGGAGAAUCAGUUCCAUCCCCCAUGGGGAAGCAGCUAGGAAAAACUCAAACUGGGUCCUGGGGGCACCUUCAGCACCAUGGCCAAGCUGGGAUGGCCAGGAGUGAGAGCACUGGAAGCAUGGCUGCACCAGAGUUUGGGAGCUGGCCCAGGACCAGGUCUGGGACCGGGUCUGGGGGUCCCACAGGGAAGGGCCUGGUCCCUACAGUGCCACGGGGGUUGGGAAGGGAGGGCCUGGCUGGAUCAGCCCCACACCUCUGCUGCAGCCCCCUUGGGGCUCCUUUUUAAAGCACACGUUGGGGAAACGGGGCAAUGUGGCUCAAAUAAAUGCUUUGGAUUUA